ACAACUGGGUUUUAGAUAACAAUUUAUUAUUAUUAUUAUUAUUAUUAUUAUUAUUAUUAUUAUUAUUAUUAUUAUUAUUGUUGUUGUUGUUGUUGUUGUUGUUGUCGUUGUUUCUCUAGGUAUUGCUCCUAUGGGUUGUCCUUCAAGCCCUGUCUUAAACUUCGUUAAAUUAUGUAAUGUCUUAUUCCUUUAUCACCCUAUUUGGUUGAUUCACAUCCAUGCUGAAAAAAUGUGCUCCUGGUGGCCUGUAACGGUAGUUUAGUGUUGCGUUCCUUAUAUUUCCUGAUAAUCUUAUUUGAUUCCCAUGGUAGAUAUCUACCCUCAAAAAAGCCCCUGUUGGGUUCUGGAAGUAAAAGUAAAAGUUACAAGAAGGAAAUAAAGUUAUAUAGAUUUUAAAACAGAAAACCUCUUCCUAAAACAUUUUCUUUCUACAAUAUAUAGUGCGCAAAUAAAAUAAAAUUGCGGGCGUGAUUGUGCUCCACAUGGCGUCAGUAUUACACCAACAUAGUAUUAAGCCCUACCCUUUUUUUCUGCUGUUUUCCAGGCUGGAAAGUGUGUGUGACGGGUGUGUGGAGCAGAGCGAUUUCUUUAUUGGGUUUAUGUUUGAUCCUGUUUCAUUGUUACAUCUGUGUGAUAUAUUUGUUAUAACCUUUAACCGACCACGAUUCAUGAAAAUUAUUGACAGUUUGUUCUCGAUUAAUUUGAAUAUUUCCGUCCGCGAUGGACGACGGAGGACAAAGGCGAAAAUGGGAGUACUGCUGGAUUGCGCUGUGUUUCUCUUUGCUAUUGUGCUUCGUGGAGCGGGUUUCAGGUCAGAUAAGGUACUCUGUUCCGGAGGAGGUUAAAGAAGGAACAGUUGUGGGAAACAUUGCUAAGGAUUUGGGUUUUAAUGUUGGUACUUUGGUGGACAGACAAUUGCGUAUCGUUUCUGGAUCUAAGGACGCGCUUUUCAAGGUAAACCAGGACAAUGGAAUCUUGUACGUUCAAAAGAAAAUCGACAGAGAGAAAAUAUGUGACGGUAAUGAUGUGUGCUUGAUAAACAUAAAAAUUGCUGUAGAGAAUCCUCUUCAAAUUCAUUACGUUGGAAUUGAAAUAGUUGACAUAAACGACCAUGCUCCCAGUUUUGCGGAUAAACACUUAAAUUUAGAGGUAGCAGAAAAUAAAGCUCCAGGUGCACGACUUGAUUUGCAACCAGCACGAGAUCCAGAUAUUGGUGCUAAUUCAAUUCGCACUUACAAAUUAAGUCAAAAUGAACAUUUUACUUUGGAAAUAAGAGAUGGUGAUGAGGAUAAAAUUCCGUCGCUUGUGUUACAAAAAUAUUUGGAUCGGGAAAGUUCCCCUGAACAUGAAUUACUUUUAACGGCUCUAGACGGUGGAAAUCCACCAAAAUCCGGGAAUCUUAACAUAACUAUAACUGUCCUUGAUACAAAUGACAAUCAGCCCGUUUGCAGCCAAGACGUGUACUCGUUAUCUUUACCUGAAGACGUCUCUGUUGGAAAAAUUGUAAUGAGAGUGAAUGCUACUGACCCGGAUGAAAGCAGCAAUGGAGAAAUAGAGUAUUCGUGGGGUAGAAAUACAAAAAGUAAAAUUCAAGAUAUUUUUCAAGUAGACCGCAUUACUGGAGAAAUUAAAGUCAAAAAGGAAAUCGAUUUUGAGGACAUUCAGACCUAUAGAUUAAACGUACAGGCCUCUGAUAAAGGACAGCCUCCGCUCUCUGUCGACUGCAGAGUUAUCAUCAAAAUAGUAGACGUGAACGAUAAUAAACCUGAAAUAGAAAUAACCUCAAUACUAAACACUGUUCCAGAGGACUCAAAACCAGGAACUGUUAUUUCUCUGAUUAGUGUUACAGACAAAGACUCUGGAAUUAAUGGCAAAGUCAUUUGUAGCAUCUCAGGUGGUUUGCCAUUUGAGCUAAAGCCAUCUGUUGAAGAUAACGUAUAUUCAUUAAUUACAAGUAAACGCUUAGACAGAGAGCUCAUAUCCCACUAUGAUAUUGUCUUAACGGCUAAAGACAUGGGCCAACCUGCUUUGUCCUCUUUUAAAUCUCUAAAUUUGCAGGUAUCAGACAUAAAUGAUAACCUUCCAGAAUUUCCUCAAAAUCCACUUGAGCUUUACUUAACAGAAAACAAUGUUCCAGGCUCUUCCAUAUUCUCGGUGAGCGCAACUGACAAAGACCUGAACGAAAACGCGGAAAUCACAUAUCAAAUUAUGAAAGGUGAAGCGAGGUCUAAUGACAUGUGGUCAGUUUUGAAUAUUAAUACAGAAACAGGUGUUAUACAUGCACUUAAGAGCUUUGACUUUGAAACAACAAAGACGUUCCAGUUCCACGUGCUCGCUACAGAUUGUGGAAGUCCGUCUCUAAGCAGCAACGUGACAGUGAACGUGUUCAUUCUGGAUCAGAACGACAACGUUCCAGUGAUCUUAUAUCCAGUCAGCGCUAACGGUUCUGCUAAAGGUGUGGAGGAGAUUCCCCGCAAUGUCAAUGCAGGACAUUUGGUGACUAAAGUGAGAGCCUAUGACGCGGAUAUAGGAUACAACGGCUGGUUAUUAUUUUCAGUGCAGGAAGUGAGUGACCACAGUCUGUUUGGUUUGGACCGCUAUACAGGACAGAUAAGGACCCUUCGCUCCUUCACAGAAACAGAUGAGGCUGAACAUAAACUGGUCAUACUGGUCAAAGACAAUGGCAACGUGUCACUUUCAGCAACAGCGACUGUGAUUAUUAAACUUGUUGAACCCAAAGAGGCUUUUGCAGCUUCUGAUGUUAAAAACACUGUAAAAGAAGAGGAAGAAAACAAAGUUACAUUUUAUUUGAUCAUUACCUUGGGUUCGGUUUCAUUUCUUUUCAUCAUCAGUAUUAUUGUGUUGAUUGUAAUGCAGUGCUCCAAAUCUCCAGACUUUUCCUCCAAGUAUUUACAAGAUACAAAUUACGACGGGACUCUGUGUCACAGCAUCCAGUACAGAUCCGGAGAUAAACGCUACAUGUUAGUUGGACCCAGAACGAGCAUCGGUUCUACUCUAGUUCCAGGAAGUAAUGCGAAUACUCUAGUGAUACCAGAUCGCAGGAGGAGAACUUCUGGUGAGGUAAGCGGCACUCGCUUUGAUAACUGCUACAUUUUUACGCAUAGUAUACCAUACACUUCCUUAUCUAGAUACAAACAACACUUAUAUUGCUGAAAU